GCCAAUAUUAAGCGAUGACGUUUAAUCUGUUGGAUAUUUUUUCGUGUGGUUUAUUUUUCGAUUUUGGAAAUGCUCCGUCCAAAGUUAGCGCAUUUCGUCGAAUUUUACCGCAGUUUUUAUGCGGAUUCGCCCAUUUUCUAAUCAAUUGGAACAUGGGAAUGGUGUUGGCAAUAGCAUCCAUUGUAGUGCCAUCAGUAAUUGGCAUAAGCAAACACUUGAAUCCAGAUGAAAUACUUCACAUGACAUGGGACGAAGCAUCUUGGCUCGCGAGUAUCAUCUAUAUCGUGCAGCCGAUAGGAAAUUUUGCGUCUGGUUUCAUUGCCGAGUCUUUGGGUAGAAAAGGUGCCAUUAUGACUGUAAAUGUGAUUCCGGCAAUUGCAUGGAUUAUGUUGCCAAAUGCAAAUACACAGUUCAUGAUUUACAUCGGAUUCUCUUUGCUUGGAAUUUGGAAUGGACUUAUCAGUGCGGCACAUAUAUAUUCAUCGGAAAUAAGUGAACCAAGUGUCCGGGGUGUACUGAAUGCAUUCAGUGGUAUCGCGGCCACUGCUGGUAUAUUGAUGAUCUUUUUGCUUGGUUCGUUUCUAUCGUGGCGUCAAGUGUCUUAUGCUUGUGCAAUUAUACCCAUUUUCAAUGUGUUGGUGGCUAUUUUUAUUCCAGAUUCGCCCAUUUUUCUGGUUUCAAAUAAUCGCACUGAAAAAGCACAAAAGUCAUUGCAAGUGCUACGAGGAUGGGUGGCAAAAGAGAAUGUCUUAUCGGAGCUUGAGCAAUUGAAAAAUAUCAGUGAAAUGUCGUCGUCGUGUGGAAAUUGUGAGAAAUCAGGCAACAAAUGUGAUCAUCCACCGCCGAACCUGUUGAACAAAUUGAAAGACAACUGCCGAAGGAGAACAUUGAAACCACUAUUAAUUGUAACAAUUUUAUUUCUGUUGAUGCAGUUCUCGGGAAUGUUUGCAAUGAGACCGUUUUUGUUGCCGAUCUUGAAUGCGCACGGCAUUUUUCUUGACGCAAGUUUCACAACGAUUAUUCUCGGUGUUAUCGGGAUUAUGGCUAAUAUUUUUAUUGUAUUCACAAUUCGAACGUUUGGAAAACGGAAAAUUUAUCUGUUUUCAAUGAUCGGGAACGCCAUUAGCUGCUUUGGAUUGAGCAUAUACGGAUGGAUCCUAUUUCCGGCCGGCUGGACAUCGGUUGGCAUGACUUCAUCCAGUUUGAAAUUAAUCCAAGAGACCGUUGGUACCUACAAUUACUUUGCACUGGCCAUGUUUUUGUUGAUGCAAUUUUGCAUUUCGGUUGGUGUUUCGUCGAUACCUUUUAUUAUUAUGUGUGAAGUUUUCCCGUUCAAGUCGCGAGCAUUUUGCUGUUCAUUGGCCAUGGUUGAAAGUCAAUUUUUCGCAUUUGUCGCAACAAAAACGUAUUAUGAUUUCGAAAGAUUGCUUACGCUACCGGGAGUCAUUGGUUUCUAUGGUGUCAUUGCUGUUUUUGGAUUCAUUGCGAUGGCACUCGUGCUACCUGAAACGGAGCAUUGUUCUCUGGAAGAAAUCGAACUACAUUUCUCGGACAACAAACGCGGCAUAUGUGACAUAAAAAUCAAAAAGUGACCAUUUGGCUCCUUAUGUUACUGUAACCAGCUGUAAGUUCAUAUAAGAAGUGUUCAGUUUUCUAUUAGGUUUGCCACGGCUUAAAAAUUCAUGCAAAAAAAACUGAAAAAUUAAAGAAGUCAUUGUUCCA